AUGUCUAGUUCUUCAGAAAGCUUGCCAUCAGCAAAGAUUGCAAACGUUACAGCUAACUGGUGGGGAACAAAGCGUAUUGACUAUGCUUUAUAUUGUCCUGAUGUGCUCACUGCCUUCCCAACUGUGGCAUUGCCUCAUCUUUUCCAUGCCAGCUACUGGGAGUCAACAGAUGUGGUGGCCUUUAUUUUGAGGCAGCUGAUGAGGUUGAGAGUGUGCAGAUACAGCAGAAGGAGGGCAUUGACAUGAUGAAUAUGAGUCCUUCCAGUCGGCAAGAGAAAUGGCUUCGAAAGAGGAAUCACGUCAAACUGCGAAAUGUCACAGCCAAUCAUCGAGUCAAUGAUGUGAUUGCAGUGGAGGGUGGUUUGCAGGUCUUGGUUGGUCGAUUUAUGUAUGGCCCUCUGGACAUGGUAGCGUUGACAGGAGAAAAGGUGGACGUUCUUAUUAUGACUGAGCCAUCUAGUGGAAGAUGGGUUUACUUUGAUACUGAAAUAUCUAACAGCAGUGGGCGAGUCUCAUACAGUGUGCCAGAGGAUAAGAGACUGGGUGUAGGAGUGUACCCCAUCAAGAUGGUUGUGAGGGGUGAUCAGAGCAGUGCACAGAGUUACCUCACAGUGCUCCCCCCAGGAAUGGAGUGUGUGGUUUUCAGCAUUGACGGAUCAUUUGCAGCCAGCGUGUCCAUCAUGGGUAGUGAUCCAAAAGUAAGAGCCGGAGCAGUGGAUGUGGUCAGGCAUUGGCAAGAUCUUGGUUAUCUAAUCAUUUACAUCACUGGUCGCCCAGACAUGCAGAAACAAAGGGUGGUCUCCUGGUUAUCACAGCACAACUUUCCACAAGGGAUGAUCUUCUUUUCUGAUGGACUUGUACAUGACCCAUUGCGCCAGAAGACGAUAUUCCUCCGAAAUCUCAUGCAAGAGUGUCACAUCAAAAUUAGUGCAGCCUAUGGAUCAAUGAAAGACAUUUCUGUGUACAAUGUGCUUGGACUGUCAUCUUCUCAAAUCUAUAUAGUUGGACGUGCAGCCAAGAAGUAUCAGAAUCAGUGUCAGUUUGUUAAUGAAGGAUAUGCUGCUCAUUUGGCCUCAUUGGAAUUUAGCCACCACUCCCGACCUAAGAAGAACAAUUCCAGAAUGAUCCUAAGGAAGGGCAGUUUUGGCUUACAUACGCAACCUGAAUUCCUGAGGAAACGGAACCACCUCCGGAGAACUAUGUCUGUUCAGCAGCCGGAACCACCUUCCAGCAACCCCAAGCCAGAGAGAGCACAGAGCCAACCAGAGUCUGACAAAGACCAUGAGCGGCAUUUAAAUCCACUUUCUUGGGUGAGAAGUUCAGGCCACAAGUUUGAGCCCUCACCAUAG